AUGGCCUUCCCUAAGCCAAUGGCUUUUCCUCCUGCCUGGAUUUGGGGGUUUGCUUUGUUCCUAGCUUUGAAGGAACCCAUCCAAUCUGAUAUCAUCAUUGUAGCCGCACUUGGGGGAGAGGCAAAUUUCCAUUGUAACUUCUUGCCCUCAAUGGAUGUUUUGCAAGCUACUUGGCAGAAGAGAAAUGGGGCUUCCUUCCAUAACAUGGCCACCUACAGCCCAAUACAUGGGCUGAGGCUGAUAAGGUCAUUUCAGAAGAAGGUGUCUUUCACUAGAGCAACCCCAAAGGCCUCAGCUAUCAUCCUCCAAAAUCUCACACUUGAGGAUGACUCUUAUUACAGAUGCAUUUUCAAUGUGUUCCGUCAUGGCUCCCUCAGCAAAGACAUACACCUCAACAUCCAAAGUAAGUUUUCCACUAACACUUUCUCUCUUUCUGGCAUUCAGUUUGGGUCUGAUGUACUCAGAAGGCAGAAGACACACGGUACACCCAGAACUCCUGGAAAGACAGGCUUACAGCAAGACCUAGGUGAGAGAGCCUCUCUGAGCCUGUACACAUCAAAAGACCAACACAUUCCUUACCCAAAGGAGGGAGAUCUAUGCCAUGGGAUCUCUCCCAUGGGGGACAGUUCUCCGGGAAUUUCUCCAUCAUGGUUGCAAUCUCACAAGCAGAAGUCCAGCCAAAACUGCUGCAAUCCUGGUAAUCAGAAGCCUGCUUGUCCAAAUGCUGUUAUUUCUCAGUGUUCUAGCAGUACUGUCUGGUAUGUUAACAUUCUGCUUGGUGAUGACUAG